UUAAGUAAUGCUCAAAAUAUUAAUAUGGAAUAGGAAUUAAUUAAUAUUCAAGGAAGAAGAUUAAAGAAAAUAACUCACAACUUACAAUUCAUUAAGCUUCAAAGUAGCAAAACCAAGAUGGAAUAGUUUAGCUCCUCAUUUGGAGACUAAACAUGAAGAAAAUAUAAAGAAAUACUUGUCUAAACUGAGCUUAGAAGUAUAUAGGAAUUGGUGAAUUUAAUGUGAAGGAAAUAAGGUGUAUUUAUAGCAAUUUGGAGCAUUCAGGGAUGUGUACCCGAUCGGGUUUUCAGCUCACUCGAUCGAGUACAUUAUGCAGCUUCCUCGAAGCUGGAAAAUAGGGUCAUACCCGACCGGGUCUGUCAGUCACCCGACCGGGUAUGACACCCGAACGUGUUAAAAAUCUUCCCGCAUGAUGCUUUGUUCCCGGAUUUGAUUUGAUUCGAUUUUUCAGCAGUGUACCCGACCGGGUAUAGGUUAUACCCGACCGGGUACAGACAAAAAACGAGAUCUUCACUUUUUGUCUUGCAUUUUUGCACCUUCCUUCCACUUUUGGGGUUCACCAAUGGUCCUUUGAAUGAUCUUUGACCUGUUUGAGCUCAGAAUAAACCUAAUAUAAACAAAUUACAAACAUUUUUACAAACUAAACUAUUACACCAAAAGUGUGUAAUUUCCAAAGUAAUAAUCAAUCUAAACUAAUUAAAAACACAAACAUAAACAUGGAAAUUACAUGAAUGUCAUAUGACCUGCACGGUCUUUAAUAUGGUGGGUAAUAUGGCAGGUACACAACUAUUCAAGACACAAUAUGUUGUCUUGAACAGGGCCGUCUUGAGGACUUUGGAGGCCCUAGACGAAAAACUGCUUAAUAUUUAGAAAUUAUAAUAAUAAUGUUAUUUGUAUGACAAAGAAAUCAAAAAUAUAUGAGAUGAAUGGAGUACAAACACAUCAUAUGAGAAACAACACAUAUCCAAUUUUCUAAGAAUGGUCGUGUAUUUUUCUUUCUCGUCAUUAAAACUCGUAUCACCAACAAUUAAAUUGUCGUUAUGAUCAUUUACACUCUCAUUCUCAUUUCUAAUUUUUGCAUUAUCAUUUGGUUCAUUGUUUUCAUUCUCACAAACUCUUCUAAACUUAUUGUUUCAGUUUGUACCUAAAGUCAUUACAAUACAGACAUAUUUAACCUUUAUAGAAAAAUCAUAAACAAAAAAAAGAAAAAAAUUUACCAAUAUGAUUUCUAGUGACAAUCACAAAGUCAAAAAAAAAAUAACUACAUUACUACGACCGUCAAAUUAGGUAAAAGAUACAUAGAUAUUUCUACCACCAUCUAAUAAACUAAUUGUAAAAUUAGUGUAUGUAUUUAUCAAACUACUUAAAUUACCAAUACAUAAGAACAAAAGAAGCAUAUGAAUAAUGUAUAUUCGUUGAUCAUUAAUCAUAAGUUUAUCUUUUAUACUCCAUAGUUUAUUAGUUUUAUUUUAUGUGUGUGUGUGUGUAUUAGUCUUCCUGUCCAGCGCCGCCGGCCUGAUGGGAACGGCUGAGGACAUUUUGGGAUGUUUUUCAUCAAGUCUAGUUUAUCCAUAUUAAAUUUAAGCUAAAAAUUCAAUCGAGAAGGCAGUCAAAUAAAUUAUUGAAGAACACUGCGCAGUUAAUAUAAAUAAACAGCGCAGUCUUUUUCAAAAAACUUAUUUAACUGCCUCCCCGAUUGAAAUGAGAAUAGAUGUGAGCCAUUGGAUUAACUUCUAAUAUAACCGUGUGAUCCAUCUACGUAGAGGGUAUCCAUGUCAAUUUACUUUCAACCGUUUCCUACAAUCUCGUUCACGAUUCCUUUCCUUUUAUUUCUGCGCCAGUCUUCCCUCCUUCCUAAGAUACUUCCCCUGCGACAUUCUCUUCCCCUCCGACCUUCUUCCCUCUUUCUGCGAUGCGAUGGUCAUUCGAUAUCUGUGAUUUUGCUUGUCGAGGUUUUUUUUAUUCCGCCGCUGGUUUGCUGCUUCAUCUUCUUCCAUGGAGUUCGGUUAGUAUUCAUUCUCAGUUUUUCUUAUUUCAUCCUUUAAUUUAUAUGUAUUUGUAUCGUUUUUGUUUUGGUUGAUUAUGUGAGGUAGUACACAAAUUUGAUAUAAUUCAAUAUAAUAUAGAUUGACGAUUAUUCGUUUCAUCCUUUAAUUUAUACUCCGUAUAUAUUCGUAUCGCUUUUGUUUUGGUUGACCAUUCUUAAUGUAUAUAAAGCUUUAAAAUAUGUGGUUAUAUGCAUUUUAAAAUUUCUAAUUAUUUUGCUCGUACACUUUAAAUUUUAUUACGAUGCUCUUAUAUGCAUUCUGAUAUUGCACUUUUACUCUACUCUUUUUUGUUUUUAUUUCAGCUGUUAAUUCAUAUAUUAUCUUUAUAUGUUUUUUGGGUGAUUAUGUGAGUUAGUACACAAAUUGGAUAUAAUACAUUAGAAUGUAGCUGGAUUAUUUUUAAUUUCCUUAAGAUAUUAUACAUAAUACGCUUGUAGCGUAACCAUUCUUAAUGUAUAUCAAUCAUAAAAAAAUGUGGUUAUAUGCAUUUUUCUUGUGCACAUUUAUACUUUAUUACGAUGCUCUUGAAUGCAUUAUGAUGUUGCACUUUUACUCUGCUUUAUGUGCUAAACCAUGUGUUUGUGAAUCAUUUGUGUCCAUGGUUCCAUCAGUUUCGAAUGACGUUCCCUUCAGCGCAUCUACAUCAAUUUCUCAAUCGUUUGAUGUUAAUUCAAUGAAAGUUUCUCCGGGAUCCACCAUGUACUGGACACCUGAUUGUGAUCCUGCUUUAAAACCGUGUGUUGGUAUGUUAUUCAAAACCUUACAUGAUGGUAUGCUUUUUUUACGACCAGUAUGCAUCAGUUUGUGGUUUUGAAUCACGUAAAAGUAGUCAAUCGAGGGCUCGCGAUGGCGUUAUUGUAUGGAAAUAUAUGGUGUGUAAUAGACAGGGCUUCAAAAACGUAUCUAAAUCUACGAGGUUGUACCUAACACCGAUUCAUGCAACAAUGUUGAUUUAGAUAAUGAGUUACGUAUUGAAAAUGAAGAUUUCACUAUUGAAAAUGAAUCAUCUGAUUCUUAUGGAUGUGAAAAUGAAGAGUAACCUCACAUUGAAGAGUUAAUAACUCCUGGCGUAUGUGUUAACGAUGAUAAGAAAAAAAGACGCAGGGUUUCUAAUAGGUGUGGUUGCAAAGCACGUGCAGUUUAUAGGCUUGCCGGCACUAGUGGAUAUGAAAUUACAUUCUUUGAGGAGAGGCAUAACCAUUGUAUGUUUUCUGAUUCUUCGAUGCCAUUUCUCAAAGUGAAUAAGAAACUUGACCUUGGGCAUCAUUUUUUUUUGAAUUGCGCUAAGGCAAAUACAUGCAUGAUGAAAUGCUAUCGAUUGUAUAAGGAAACUGUUGGCGGUUAUGCCAAUAUUGGUGCUACAUCCGUGGAUUUUAAGAAUUUCAAACGUGACUUGAAGGCUUAUUUAGUUGGCGUGGAUGCUCAAAGGUUGAUAGAUAAGCUUUUUAGAAAGAAAGAGACUUCUUCCGCCUUUUGAUUUGACUAUGUUGUUGAUGAGAGUGACCAGUUGACACGUAUAUUUUGGGUGGAUCCAGUGUGCGUAAAGAACUACGCGUUAUUCGGGGAUGUUGUUUCUUUUGAUGCUACCUACGAGACAACAGGUAUAACAUGGUUUUUGCCCCUUUCACCGGCGUUGAUAAUCACAAAAAGUGCAUUACUUUUGGUGUGGGUUUGUUGUUGAAGGAGGAUGUGGAAUCAUACUUUCAGCUAUUUCGUUGUUUUCUAAAUGCAAUGGGUCGAGAACCAAAGUGCAUCAUUACAGAUCAAGACAAAUCCAUGAAAAUUGUUAUUCCACAGGUCUUCACUACAGCAUGUCACAGAUUUUGCAUGUGAUGUUGGUCCCAAAUAAUAAGAUUGAAGAACAGCUAAAUAAGAUCUACAAUAAUAUAGAGAAGGAUUCUUAAUAAUGAUUGAGAAAUAAUCUGAACAGAAGAAAUCCUUACGCUAUACUAUCGAGAAAUAAAGAACGAAAACUCUGAGUGAAAGGCGCUGUAUAUUUCUGAUUAUCGAUUAUUCGGUCCUGUACCACAUGUACGCAUAUUUAUAGGCGUAGGUACAGGUACUGAAAUGGUAACCUAGAACUCUGGGCCUAAGGCCUUUUUGGGCCUUAUUACCAUAGUUCAUUUAUUCUUUACAUAAUGGCUAUAAAUGAUAAAACUAUUCUAAUUGGAAUAACAAGACUCUAGACAAACUUGAUCACAAUAAAUAUUUUCCUCAACACGUUUGCAUUUCCUAUUAAUAAAUAAACAGCGCAGUCUUUAACAUAGUCCUAUUAAGGUAAAUCUCCUUUGAAAAAGACUACACACACUGUGUAAGACCUAAGUAAUGUGUUUUAUCAAGAGUUUUAGUUGGAUCCCUCACACGUUUGCAUUUUCCUGCUUUAUGAUUGUAAAAAUAGGAUUUGGUUAACUUGCUCUUAAAUAAAUUAUGAACUCCAACUUUGAUUGUGCUUGGAGGACAAAAUCACACUGGGCCACGCUCAACCUAUCAGGCUCUUCUUUGAAGUCAAGCUAAGAAGACUACCAUGGCCAUGGAGGACUCUGAUGGCUACACUAAACAAGUGCUGCAUUGCCAAACACACCGGCUUCGACAAGUGCAGCAUCUACCUUUUGACUGUCUUCCAAGGCGUGGCAUUCAUGAAAAAUUAUGACUACGUCUCGCUGAUCUCGGACAACAAUCUUGAAAUGAUCAGAAAGAGGAAAAGGACCAAUCAAAUCAAACAUCUACCAUAUUUUAAAUGGUUUUCACUACUGGUGCGACGCUUCUCCAGAACAACUCCAUCCAUCCACCGAAGACUAUCAACGGAGAACGUAAGCAAGUAUCUCCAAAAGAUGACUAAGGAUUCAAUGCUUGUACCACUCUUAAAUACUAGUGUCUCUAUUGCAGUUAGCUGAUCCGAAUGAUCCAUCUGUCCGACGCUACUGCCAGAAGAAUAACAUUAUACUCCCUAUGGCUCAGAUAACCCCCCCGAGCCUACCCAAGGGAGUCAGCCAAGAGCAAGUGAGGGUCCUGAGAGUUCAACCCAGCCACAUAGACCAGCGGCGGUUUGGCCCCAUGAUGAUCAGACUAUGUCUGCUGAGGGCCACCCCCAAGUUGCUGAGGAGACUACCUAUGACUCAUCUAGCCCAGCCAGACUACAAAACGCUGACGAUGAGGGCUCCGGGAGCAAGGCUGGAAAGAGCAACAACGUCAAAAGUGAUGAGGACGAAGAUGAUGAAGACGACAACGCAAGGAAAGCCAUGAAAGCUCCGAUACAAAAAUGCUGAUUCGAUAUCAAGCUUUCUACGGCUGCAGAUAAAGAGGUGUCUUAUUUGAGAAAGAACACUUAAGGACAGAUUAUCAGUGAGACUCGCUCUAAGUAACAUCAUGAUGUCCUCUCUUCAUCACUCAUUCCUACGCAAAGAGUGCAAACAUCAAGCAACCAGGCUGAAGAAAUGGCCUUGUAUGACGGUUUCUCAGACCUAGAUAAAAUAAACCGGGCUAAAGUUUGGCUCAGAGUCAGGACGUGGCUGGACAUUCCUAGGGAGAUGGGGACCAUGCUGAGCUCGUUGAAAUGGAUCAAGAGGAAGAGACAAGGCUCGGGGAUCAAAGCUAAGGCGGCUAGGAUUGCUUUUUGCUACUCCAUCUACUGGAUCUGGAGGACCCGGAAUGCUACAUGCUUUGAUGGCCUUGUUCCCAAAGAAGAAGAUGUUUUUGCGAGAAUUCAAUACAUUGUUUACAAGAUUUUGUAUAGUCUUUAUCCACACGAACUUGUAAAGUUGUGACGUGUUUUGCCCAACCUUCUCUUUGUUUGGGUUGGACGUUUCUUGUGGCUGUUUUUUGGGCUUGUUUGUGCUCCACCACUGCUUCGUUUUGGUGUGGAGUUUUGCUUGUUUUGGAGUUCUUUUGCUAGGUUUGGGUUAUCCAUGUUGGAUAACCUGCAGUUUUGUUUCCCUUUUUGCUUGUACAUUCUGAAUCUCUGUUUUCUUGGGUGGCUCCUUUAAUAUACUUACAGUUUAUCCAAAAAAUAAACCGGGCUAACCCCAUAGGCACAGAGACUGAUCUUUUCAGUCUCCGAGUAGAAGACACAGCAUCCAGCUCAACUGUGCAUACACAAGCCUCCCCUGACCACUCUGCUGCCUCCCAACAGGUUGUAGUUUCAACAUCAGGGGAUCUCAUACCCACUCUCUGCCCCCUUUCGGAGCAGUCGAGGAUAUCUAUAGUAACCACCAGCCCCAGGUCACUACCCCUCAUUAUACCACGUUGUGUCUAAGUGUCACCCUCCAUAUACUUUCUAAUUUUUCUAGGACACAUACACUUUUCACACCACCGCACUCUACAGGUCCACUUUACCUGUCAACAACGAUCGGAGAUACGUUGAUGAUGAUCGGAAGUCCUGCUGCUCAAUAGAUAACUCAAUCAUUAUCUGCAGGCCACACACUAGUAAUCUUUAUCGAUGUUGUGAUAACGGUUACUACCCCUGUAACCGGACAGCUUUACCCUACCGACCUUUCUGUCAUUUUGUAGCAUUUCUUGGAUUCCACCAUAAAACCAUGGGUGCACGAAGGAAUAACCGCUCGGGCACAGGAAUUCAGGACCACCCCGGCACUUCUUUAUGACAUCAUCCAAACCCUAGCUCAACCCUCAUCCUCUCACUCCCAACAACAACUCACCCCAAUCCUUACCCUAUGCCAUUUACCAUGCCAUUCAAUGACCUAGCAUCCAUUAUGCUAGCGAGAAUUCUGGAAACCAAAGAAGCUCCGCUCACUGACAAACAAAGAGCUCUGCUUGUGGUACUUGAAACCGAAAGCACAUGCAAUGACAGUCUCCGCGGUCACAAAUGUUCACAUGAGGACCCCAAUUAUUCGGCUCCUCAUGAGGGGGAGAAUAACAGGCAACGGAUACUCGAGCAUGGUGCUUCAUCUAGCCAAUAACCCCAACCUGAACCCUCAAACAACCAAGAUAAGAUGCAAGAAUUCUCUCAAGGAUGCAGAUUUUGAGGGGGAGUUUUCAAGGUUCUCCUCCCAAGCGCCAAUUAUCAUCAAAG